AUUAGCAGUAAGGCGGGAAUGUGGUUUAUUCGCAAUGGGAAAUGUUUUCGGCAGACAGGGUCGAGUCACCAGUCGAGUGACAGAUCAGGACAGGGUGAUAUUGCAACUGAAACAGCAGAGAGAUAAACUGAAACAAUAUCAGAAGAAAAUCACAUUACAGCUGGAGAAAGAGAGACAUCUGGCCAAACAGCUCCUGAAGGAUGGCAAGAAGGAACGAGCUCUUCUGCUGCUCAAAAAGAAACGCUACCAAGAUCAGCUGCUGGACAAGACCGACAUCCAGAUAGCCAACCUGGAGCGCAUGGUUCAAGAUAUUGAAUUUGCUCAGAUUGAAAUAAAGGUCAUUGAGGGUUUAAAGGCUGGAAAUGACUGUCUCAAGCAAAUGCACGAGGUCAUGUCUAUUGAGGAGGUGGAGAGAAUACUGGAGGAAACGCAGGAGGCCAUUGAGUAUCAGAAGCAAAUUGAUGAACUGCUGGCAGUUUUUUUGACAGCGGAGGAUGAGGAUGCUGUGUUAGCAGAGCUGGAGGCCAUCACUCAGGGACAAGACAUAACCCUUCCAGAAUUACCCACGGAUCCAUUGCCAGCGGUGCCUACGGGGGAGACAGAAUUAAAAGAGGCACCAAUCAAGCCGGAGCGAGAGAUGCUGGCAGCGUAGUGUUUGAUGCUGCAACCUGCCUCAUCGCUUUGUUUCGAAUGAAAGGAAGAGCUAGGGGAAUGUAAUUGGCAGAAAAGAAGGCUUUCAUAGGAUAUUUAAUAGGCACGCAUCA